AUUUGUUCAUCAGCUCUUUUCCGCUCCUCGCUCUGCCUCCUCUGUCGUGUCACCGGAGAGAGAGAGAGAAAAAAAAGAGAGAGGAAGGAAUAUGGUUUCAUCUGACCCUCCUCCCGUUUCAGCGGAUCUCUAGUACGAGCAGGAGGCUGGGACCCGCUCCGGUACAAACCCCCCUCUCUCUGUCUCUCUCUCUUUACCUGAAACAAACCACCUUUCCUCUGUUACCGACAAAGCCUGCAGGAGCAGCAGCAGCACACCGGGAGACAUAAAUGGUGGAGGCCGUGGUGGAGUUUGACUAUGAGGCUCAGCAGGACGAUGAGUUGAGCCUGACGGUGGGCGACAUCAUCGUGAACAUACGGCGGGACGAUGGAGGUUGGUGGGAGGGCGAGCUGGGCGGACGCAGGGGCCUGUUCCCGGAUAACUUUGUCAGGGAGAUAAAGAAAGAGGCAAAGAGGGACGGAGGACAGACGAGCAUGAUCAGAUCGGAUCUUUCCAAUGGAAGGGCGAGCCCUGUGUCCGAUCCCGGCGUACGACCGGGCAGGAAAGGAGAGCAAAUCCGUAAGCGGAGGUGUAAAGCGGCGUUCAGCUACGUGCCUCAGCAUGAAGACGAGCUCGAGCUGAAAAUAGGAGACGUCAUCGAGAUCAUAGCAGAGGUAGAGGAGGGCUGGUGGGAAGGAUUUCUAAACGGGAAAACCGGAAUGUUUCCCUCGAACUUCACCAAAGAGAUCCUGGCGGAGUCGGUGUCGGAGACGCCCUCCAUAGAAACCUCGCAGGAGGAGCUGCGCAGCCGCACCAGUAAGGACAGCCCCGGCAGUGAAAGUGAUGGAGGGGACAGUCGGUCAGAAACAGGGUCAGGAGAAAUCCAGCCCAAGAAGAUCCGAGGGUUCGGCUUCGGAGACAUCUUCAAGGACCAGCCCAUCAAGCUCAGACCGCGCUCCAUGGAUGUGGACUCAGAGGGGGACAAGGUCAACGAGGGGAAGGCGGCGAGCGUUGCACCCGAAACAAUGAAGACCGAACCGGACGGCAAAGCCAAAGGGCGUGAGCAAUGUAAAGUCCUCUUUCCAUAUGAAGCACAAAAUGAAGACGAGCUGUCGAUCAAAGAGGGGGACAUCGUCAACAUCAUCACCAAGGAGUGCGCCGAUGCGGGCUGGUGGAUGGGAGAGAUCGGGGGAAGGCAAGGUGUUUUCCCGGACAACUUUGUCAAGCUGCUAGAAGCGGAGAAAGAGAGACCAAAGAAACCGCCUCCUCCCAGCGCGCCCUCAGCCAAACACACCACAGAGAAAAAGUCGGAGGUCAAGAAGGUUCCUCCUGAGCGACCUGAACAUCUGCCCCAGAGAGACCAGGAUCGAGGUGAAGAGGUGAAGGUCGGAGACAUCCCCAAGCCCUCCCUCCCAUCUAUGCUUCCCAAGAAACCCCUCCCCCCAAAGACAAGCUCCUCCUCUUCCUCACAACCCCCGCGGCGUCCCGAGAGACCGCCCGCUCUAGCGAGUGAAAGCCCCAAGUCUGAGGGCGGGGCUUCGACACCAGAUUCUGCCCCUGACAGGUCACAUGACGCGGAUGUGGACCUGGACGCGGUGGUGUCGUCGACAGAGAAACUGAGCCAUCCGACGGUGUCGAGGCCACGAGUCACAGACCGCCGGCCUCGCUCACAGAUCAUCACACCAUCUUCCCUGUCCAGUAUCGAUCUGGACUCUCCUGCAGUCGAGGAACGGAAGGAGAAGGACAGAGGGAAGGAGGAGCCGGAGUCUGUCUCUAGAUCUGUAGACGCUUCCCAGAGGAAAGGAGCUCCAAGCAUCUCUGCACCUGACAGUAAAGCACCGCUGCCCGCCAAGCCCUCUGUCUUGACCCCGCCGAACUCUAGCCAUCGCCCCGCGUCCCCGUCGUCCUCUUCGGGCCUGACUCCCUCCCCCGAGCUCCGGCAUUCACCUCUUACCCCCCCGACACUGGAGGAACUCAGGAACCAGCUGAGAGACCUGAGGGCCUCCGUAGAACUGCUGAAGAGCCAGCACAGGCAGGAGAUGAAGCAGUUAUCCAACGCGCUGGACGAUGAGAAGAAGAUUCGUCUUAGUUUACAGAUGGAAGUAGAGCACAUAAAGAAGAGCCUGUCGAAAUGAAGACGUAACCAUCCUUAUCGGCGCACUGACUCCAGCGUCAGCGGCCUGCGUUUGAAAACAUUGUCACUGUUUGGCGGAGACACCUCAGCCGAAACAAAGUUUGUGCCAAAUGAUCAUCACGAUCGACAUCAGCAACAAUACAGUAUCACGGAAUCAGCCACCUUCCCUCCCUGACGCCGCCUUAUCCUGUGUUUACUCACUUUGUUCUUCUUUUAAAGAGGCUUCUCUGUUAUUUAGAUUUUACCGCUAUCUCGUCAAAGCUUGUUGUGCCACCGGUACUGGACUGACCGCGGCCCGUCGCUGUGUGUUGCCAUGGCUACAGAACAACAACAACAGCAGCCAGCCAGCGGCUGUUUGAGGCGACGACCUCGCCGGUACUUUUUUUUUGUGUUUCUAAGUGUGACUUGGAACUCGACCUUUCCGUAGCCCGGUUGGUUCAGGCGACCUCUGUGCUGUUCUGUGUCCACUCUGCGGCCUUCGCCUCUUUAUCUGUAUGUGUGUGUGUGUGUGUGCGUGUGUUCUUAUUUUCCCAUACAUGUGAGGACUGGAGUUUUAGACCUACAUACUAGGGACAUUUUUGUAAAGUGAGGUUGUUUUGGCCGGUCCUGACUUCUUCAUUUGGCUACAUUACAUUUAGAAUCAAAGCCUGUACUUUGAGGCACAUCAUUAGCGUUAUGGUUACAUUGUUUAACACACAAGCUUGAUGUUUCUAUGGUACACUGCAGGCGGGUGAUUUUUUUUGAAGCAUCGGCCAUUAACAGCACUAGCAUCUGGACAUCUAUCCCUAACCUAUUUCUUCUUAGUGUCAUAACUUUUUGAUUUGCAGACAAAUAUUUCACCUGUUGGCUUAGCUUAGUUAAAUUUAACCAACUUACUGUAGUUGAAGUAGUAGUUGGACAUGUUGUGAAUUAGGUUUAUUCGCUUUCUUGCCAGGAAUUAGACGAGAAGGUACCUACAAGCACAUUUGACAAAACUACCCUGUGAUAUUUGGCUGCAAACAAAAAGUUUUUGCAAUAUAAAAGUAGACGUCACUGCAUGAACGCGCCUAUCUAUGAUAUUUAUCGAGUUAAUGGUGGACAGAAACUUAUUAUUUGACCUGUUUUUGCUUUUGCACUUUUCUUCCACGACUCUAGAAACCUCAAAAAACAAAAAAACAACAACAAAAAAAACAAACAAUAUCUGUGCUGGUCGUAUCACACACACACCCAAAAAUCUAAACCAAGAUCUAUGUGAAUCUGGUGUUUCUGGUGCUCGGCAGCUGAAUGGUAAAAAUGAAGGACAGGGUUUGAGGGAUGUACUCAGUAAAAGGACCUUACAGGUAAAGGAAGACAGAGUGUGUGUGUGUGUGUGUGUGUGUGUGUGUGUGUGUGUGUGUGUGUGUAUGUGUGUGUGCGUGCAUGUAUGUAUGUGUGGUAGCAUGUACGGCUGUUUGCCUCCCUUCCUUGUGUGUGCACAGAAUCUAUGGCAACCCGUCACUGUGGCCUUCCUGUUCUCGACUCCAAAUCUUUCUUUCUUUCUUUCUUUCUUUCUUUCUUUCUUUCUUUCUUUCGUAUGACAAGGAGAAAACUGCUACAACUGAGGCUACAAGUUGUUUUCUUGACUUGGUCCUUUCUCUCCAGGAUAGUGAUAAAUAUAUAUAUACUUUUAUAUUUCAGUGUAAUAAAGAUGCUAUUAUGUACUGUA